GCGGGGAGGGAGGGGGUCUCAGGGGAGGAAGGGGAGGAGCAGAGUUUUAGGGCAUGGGCCACGUGUUUAGGUAAAUCGGCGACCACCUAUUUAUGCCCUUCGAGGCUUUCUCGCACGGCUGAAACACAGACGCGCGCGAGAGAGAGAGGCACACACGCGCACACGCGCACGCAGGAAGCGUAGAGAUCGUUAUUAUUAUUUUUAUUUUUUUUCGACUGCAAUUUGGUGGAGUCGAGUGUCAAGUCGAGUUGACGUGCCGCACACCAAUCAGCAGCAGCCAUGCUCCGGAAGCCACCCGUCAUCAUCUCGGACGUUCAGCCGAGCAAGGAUGGCGUCUCAAAUAAAAGCCUCGCACCUCCAAAAGACAAGGCCCGGCGUAAGCAGUCCUUCACGCUCAACAUGGUGGCCUACACCCACCACACGGAGGAGGGCACCGUGCCGGAGGGGCAGAGCGUACCCGAGUUCUUGUCCAAGCCGUACUCCCUCACUCUCAUGGAGGGAAAAUCGGCCACCUUCCGUGCCCGAGUCUCUGGGACGCCGACACCCACGGUGACCUGGCAGAGGAUUAACGGGGAGCCGGUGGUAUCUGGCAGUGACUACAAGGUGCACUAUGAUCAGCGCAAGGACGAGCACAUCAUGGAGGUGCCCAAGGUGCUCUCGAAAUUCGCCGACACGUACCGCUGCACCGCCAGCAACGUGCACGCCGAGGCCUCCAUCGCCGUGGCCCUCAUUGCCAUCUCACUCCGCAAGUCAGCGCCACUACAGAUGAAAGAGGAGGUCAGUGAUGCGGCAGACUUCCGUGCAAAGCUCAAGAAAAGGGUUGAAGAAGAGAAGGUCCCAGAGAAGACGUUCGACGAGAAGGAGGUGUGGGACAUCCUCAUGAGCGCCGACAGGAAGGACUACGAGGCCAUCUGCUUCAAGUACGGCAUCAAGGACUUCCGCGGCAUGCUGCGUCGCCUGCAGGCCAUGAAGGAGGCCAAAGAGGAGGAGGAGGAAAAUGAGCUGCAGCUUCGCAAGGCGUUAAAGCACGUGAAGGUGAAUGCGGAGGGAACCGCUGUGUUUGAAAUCUACAUGGGGCGGCUGGAUCCCAGCAAGAACCUGCGAUUUUUCAAGAACGGGAGGCUGCUGACGAUCGAUGAGACGGAGGGGAAGCACAUGCUGAAGAAAAUCGACGACAAGUAUUGCCUAGUCAUCAACAACGUCAACGCGAACGACGACGGAGAUUACGCGGUGGAGGUCGACGGGCAGAUGAUCAAGGCCGGACACCUGCACUACACCGAUGAGCAGGUGUUCAUACGGCAGCUGCAGUCGAUGCGCUGCUAUGAGCGGGAGUCGGUGACCUUCGAGUGUAAGCUCACCAUGCCUACGCCGACUGCCACGUGGAACUUCAAGAGCCUCGAGCUUAUAGAGAGCAACAAGUAUGAGAUGAAGGUGCUGGACGGUGGGAAGACGCACCAGCUGACAAUCAACAACACGCGCAUGGUGGACAAGGGCGUCUACUCGAUAGUGGUCUUCGGGUGCAGCUCGGUCGCGUGGCUGGAAGUCGCAAAGAGCGCCAUCAAGUUCAAGAGCGGUUUCCGCUCAGUGCGGGCGCGCGCCGGCGACACGGCGAGCUUCAGCUCGGAGCUGAACAUCGAGGGCACGAACGCCACGUGGCUCAAGGACAAGCUGCCAAUCACGGCCAGCGACAUCGACAGCGGGCGCAUCAAGGUCUUCUCGGACGGCGGCAAGCACGGCAUCAGCUUCCACCCGGCGGCCGAGAAGGACACGGGCGAGUACACGGUGGUGGUGAAACAGGACGACGACGACAAGGAGUACACCGCCAACACGUUCCUCCGCGUCGAAGCUGCCGAUGACGACGCCAACAAGAAAGAACGGCAGGAGCGGCGCACGCAGAAGGCCAUGGUUGCCCCGCCGAAAUCCACCGGCGAUGGUGGAAAACGUGGAGACGACAAGUCCACAUCUGGCAAAGGCGGCAAGGGUGACGGGUCCAAGUCCGGGCUUGACAAGAGUGCUGAUGCAGGGAAGGGCCUCAAGGGCAAUGCCGGGCUCGACGACGGGUCCAGAAAAAAGAUUCCGCCACCCCCCGUGAUCAUGAUUGAGCCGGUGGAUGGGAACAAUGUAGGAAACGGCUUCGGCAACGGCGGCUCUGGCGACGGCUCGGACCUGCUGGACAAGUCGGGCUCGGGCGACGGAGGGGACGGCUCGGGGCUCGGCGACGGUGCCGACCUCAGUCACCAGCGAGGGACCGGUGACGAGGACUCCGGACGAAACAGACGGGACGCUGACUCGAACGCCGCCCCGCCGAGAAAAAGGCAGCCCGCCAAACAGCCUGUCGACCUCAGUCACCUACGCGGGACCGGUGACGAGGACUCGGGACGGAACGGACGGGACGCUGACUCGAGCGCCGCCCCGCCGAGAAAAGGGCAGCCCGCCAAACAGCCCGUCGACCACGGUCACCAGCGAGGGACCGGUGACGAGGACUCUGGACGGAACGGACGGGACGCUGACUCGAGCGCCGCCCCGCCGAGAAAAGGGCAGCCCGCCAAACGGCCAGUCGACCUCAGUCACCAGCGAGGGAUCGGUGACGAGGACUCUGGACGGGACAGACGGGACUCUGACUCAAACGCUGCCCCGUCGAGAAAAGGGCAGCCCGCCAAACAGCCUGUCGACCUCAGUCACCAGCGAGGGACCGGUGACGAGGACUCUGGACGGGACGGACGGGACUCUGACUCAAACGCUGCCCCGCCGAGAAAAGGGCAGCCCGCCAAACAACCUGUCGACCUCAGUCACCAGCGAGGGACCGGUGACGAGGACUCUGGACGGGACGGACGGGACUCUGACUCAAACGCUGCCCCGCCGAGAAAAGGGCAGCCCGCCAAACAACCUGUCGACCUCAGUCACCAGCGAGGGACCGGUGACGAGGACUCUGGACGGGACGGACGGGACUCUGACUCAAACGCUGCCCCGCCGAGAAAAGGGCAGCCCGCCAAACAACCUGUCGACCUCAGUCACCAGCGAGGGACCGGUGACGAGGACUCUGGACGGGACGGACGGGACUCUGACUCAAACGCUGCCCCGCCGAGAAAAGGGCAGCCCGCCAAACAGCCUGUCGACCUUGGACACAUCCAGGGGACGGGUGACAAGGACUCUGGACGGAACAGACAGAACGCUGACCCAAACGCUGCCUUACCAAGAAAAGGGCAGCCCACCAAACAGCCUGUCGACCUCAGUCACCAGCGAGGGACCGGUGACGAGGACACUGGACGGGACGGACGGGACUCUGACUCAAACGCUGCCCCGCCGAGAAAGGGGAAGCCCGCCAAACAGCCUGUCGGCUUGGAUGGACUCGGAUCAGGGACGGGAGACGGUGGAAAGGGCGAUGGCUUGGACGGUCUCGACAACAGUGGUUCAGACGGAAAAUCUGGACUGGUGGACAGACUGGCGGACGGAGACGACGACGAUUCGGACGCAGACGAGUCGGAGUUUGCCGACCGCCGGCACGACGCCGUGGGCAUGGACCUCAGUCACCUGCACGGCACUGGUGACGAGGACUCUGGACGAAACGGACUGGACGCUGACCCAAACGCCGCCUUGCCAAGAAAUCGGCAGCCCGCCAAACAGCCCGUCGCGCGCAAGUCGCGGUUCGCAGACAUCGACACAUCGUUGAAGGAGCUCGAACCGAGCAACCGGAAACCUCGCGUCCAAGAGGAGGCGGGACCAGAGUACAUCGUCGCCGAGCCCCCGGUGAUCGACGAGGAUGCACGCGCCAAACUGGAGCGCGACCCUAUCACGGUGCGCGCCGGCCAGACGGCGCUGGUCAGCGUGCCGUUCUCCUGCAAGGGCACGUCGUGCUCGGCCACGUGGACGCGGGACGACGGUGCCACGGAGGUGCGCGAGGACGAGCGCACGCACCUGGAGCGCUCGGACCGCGACGCCACCUUCACCCUGUCGCGGUGCAAGCGCGGCGACAGCGGCGACCUCAAGCUGCAGCUCAAGAGCCCCAUGGGCACCGCCGAGAUCAACAUGCAACUGGAGGUCAUCGACAAGCCGUCACUGCCCGUGGGGCCCCUGGAGACGAGCGUGGCGGGCAAGCUGGUGACCAUGACAUGGCAGCCCCCGCUGGACGACGGAGGGCGUCCCGUGUCGCGCUACCUGGUGGAGCGGCGCCAGGCGGACAAGCGCUCGUGGGUGCCCGUGGGCGAUGCGGCGGGCGACGCGGCCAGCUUCAAGACGGACAAGGUGGACGAGGGCAAGGCCUACCAGUUCCGCGUGCGCGCCGUCAACUCGGAGGGGGAGAGCGACGCGCUCGAGUCGGGCACCGUGACCAUCGAGAAGCAAGCGACCCCUCCGAGCGCACCGGGCUCCCCGCGCGCCACCAACGUCACCAAGAACACGGUGUCGCUCAUGUGGACGGAGCCCAAGAACACGGGCGGAGCGCCCGUGGCCAGCUACGUGCUGGAGAAGCGGAAUCGCGGCACCGUCGCCUGGAGCUACGCCUCCACCUCGGCCAUCUACGACACCCAGCACACGGUGAAGGGCCUCGACGAGGGCACGUGGUACGAGUUCCGCGUAACGGCCGUCAACAGCGCCGGGCGCAGUGAGCCCAGCGCCGUCUCGCAGCCGGCGCUUCCCAAGGAGCCACUGAAGUGCCCGGGCUCCGUGCACGGCCUCGCCGUCUCCAAGCUAGCGGCGCAGGGCUUCACGCUCAGCUGGAAGCCGCCGGUGGACGGCGGCGACCCCGAGGGCUACAUCGUGGAGACGUGCCCCGAGGGCAGCAGCGAGUGGACGCGCGCCAACAAGGCGCUCGCCACCCAACCCUCGUACACGGUGGGCGGGAUCCACGACCGGCGCAUGUACUUCGUGCGCGUCACCGCCGUCAACGAAACGGGCCUGGGCAAGCCCACGCAGCUCGACACGUGCGUGAGCGCCGCCCCGCCCUCAGUCCGUCCUUCCUUCAAGCUUGACAGCUCUACCAGCAGCUACAUGAGGGUGAAGGCGGGCAACACGGUGCGACUGAAGGUCCUCUUCACGGGCUCUCCGGCACCCGAGGCCGACUGGCUGAAGGAAGGCGUACGCCUGUCAACACGCGUCGCCAUCACCAGCACGUCGGGCUCGUCGCAGAUGCUCAUCCCGUGCGCGGCCCUCAAAGAUUCCGGACACUACACGCUGGUGAUCAGCAACGAGGCCGGGUCCGAGACCCACAGCAUCUUCAUGAAGGUCAUUGACGUGCCGUCAUCGCCAGGCCACGUGUCACUGGUGGAAAAGGUGCCGGGCACGGUGACCGUGUGCUGGAGUGCGUCUCGGGACGAGGUCACCGACGACGAGCUCACGUACACGGUGCUGCGGCGCGAGGUCAACAACAAGGUUUGGACAGAGAUCGGAGACCACAUCAACAACAACAGCUUCACGGUGACGGACUCGGUGACGGGGCAGCCGUACAUGUUUCGCGUGGUGGCAGUGAACAGCGUGGGGAGGAGCUAUCCCUCGGAGAGCAAGGAGCCUUGGAGCCUGAUGCGCCGCCGUGAGCCCGUGGGCCUCGUGAUGCCGCGCUACAGGGGUUGGAACGAAGCGAGCGCCCCGGCGUUCCUCGUGCCGCUUCGCUCUCACGUGGUGACCCGCGGCACCGAGUGCCGCAUGAGCUGCGCGGUGCGCGGCUGCCCGCGGCCCAUCGUCACGUGGUUCAAGGGUGGCCAGAGCCUGUGGGGCAGUCAGCGCGCGUGCCCCACGGAGACGGUGGGCGUGUGCUCGCUGCUGCUGCCGGUAGUGGACUUCGAGGACGCGGGCAUGUACACGGUGCACGCGCAGAAUCCGCACGGCAAGACCGAGUGCUCGGCCUCGCUCGACGUCAAGGAUUGCAGCGUGGAUUGAUAGGUGGAAAACUUAUUGAGUUCAGGUUUGAUCGAAAGUCACGUAAAAACUAAACUAGAAACCACAUGUAUGUAACCAGGUAAUGCCCACUGAGCUAUCUAUAUCUUUUUCAGAAGCGACCUGCCCACAAAUUAUAGCUCAACGAAGUGGCUGAUCAUGUGGAAAUUUAUUGCAGCCAAAUACUCUAAAUGCAUGUUUCAAAAAGAUUGGAGGGAAAAGCAGGAAGGACCCAGAGAAAAAUCCACGAGAACACGUGGAGAACACGCAAACUCCAAAUAUACAGCAGGCGUCAGGUUUGGGAUCAAACCCAUGACCUCCUGUAUACCAGGCGAGGUAGUUAACAUCUCACCACCAAAGUGGCCCACCUGUUUAUGCUUCUAACAACACACACUUAAACUGAUUCCCAUUAACGUGAUUGAAAAUGUAGUUCAGCGUUUGGUUGAUAUUUUUAAGAAAUGCACUUAUUUUACCUUGUGUUUUGUCAAAUAUGUAAUUGUUUUGCCUGAGAGAUAUUUUUAGAGCCAUUGGUUUUAAAAUGAUUCUAGAAUGUGGCAUUAAGGAUGAGCUUGCAGAUGUGCAGAAGCCCUUCACCCAAGUGAAUAUCUCUAAGGAAUGGAAAAAUUAAUUGAGGAAAAAUCUCUUCAGGAGCCAUACACGCAUUGUGCAUGUAGUUUUCUUCUUUUUUUGUUCAAGCAACGAAACAUGGCAAUGUCGCUAACAAGCUGAUGAUACUCCGCAAGUUCCCUCGUACGGUUUGCAAACAUAUUACCGGGGACUUUACCAGUUGUUCAUGAGGAGUUGGUAAAAUCCUUAAUUUUAUGUUCGGUUACUGUUUGUGGGAUUCAUUCAAAUACCAUAAAAUUGCGACAACAGCGUAAGUUUUUUGCGGUUGCACUGUAAAGCCAGUCGGUAUGUUUUCGGUUUGUGUACACGUGUUAUUCAGCAUGAUGUCCGACGUUUCGUUCCGUGCACUGGAAGUUCCAGAAGAAGAAGGCAUCUCCCAGCACGCGGAGGGAAACGUCGGACAUUGUGCCGAACAACCCAAAAACACGACGCAGAGCUAUGUACACAAUUGUUGUUGAAUCUGACUCGAAACGAUGCAUCGGCUCGUUUAUUUAAAGUGAUUCUUACGCUUGUGAUGCAUGCAUUGAAUUGUGCACGUGAGGAUCGAUGAUUUUCAGAUUUUUGCAAAUUGUAUCGCUCAUUCGGCAUUUCGACUUUUCGAGCAAGCAAAACGGUAUCGACGAGAGAGAACAGAUGAAAACGCAAACGGGACGGUCAUAACAACGAAACAGAACCGAUUACCGACUCAAACCUUCACGAUGAUUGAAUCUCUGGCGGUGUAAAUCGUUACAUGCCUACUGCUCAGCCAGCCCCUCGGUAACGAUGAUCUUAACAAUGCAAACGUUCUAUUAUGAUGUGCACUGACGCUGUCCGGCGAACAGGACUACUGUGAUUCCUCCCUGAAAUGAAACAAUACAAUUGACAAUAUUACUUGGAUUUCCAUAUCAUGAAAAUGCAACCGCAUUUCACGAUAAUUCAGCUCGCUGGCACGCAGCCUCUUUUCCCGGGUCUGUGUUUUACCAGCUCCGUUUGUUUAAACAAGAGAACCUUUGAAGGUUUUGACUCCUCUCUGGUUUAAACGUCUUGUCACAUUUUUAUUUUAGUCAUUUGCCGAAGUAGGGAGGAAAAAAAACGUUACUUCUUUCGUGAAUUGUAUUGCUUUCUCUGGGGCCUUAACAGCGCCGGUGGCAAUCACCAAACUCCGUCCGACCUGGAGACGUCUUCAUUGAAAUAUUUCUCCGUCAUUUAUCCGCACAGAAAAAAAACGCAUAAAGGAGAACUGAUUUGCUUUCUCCUCUAAAACGUACUACUUUGCAACUCAGUGAUGCGCACAGUGUAUGUAUUAUAUUGGUCGAUUGGAAAGUGUUCGGGCCGUGCUUGCUAAUGUAUGGCCAGUUUUGUUUACAUGCUGCAGAAGGUAAACGAUUUAUUGGUUAAUGUGUUAUUGUAAUUAAAAAGUGUUACGCGCAGCACAGGAGUUUGUUUUAUAUAGUGCUGAAAGAUAUAGGGUAGUGAAGCAGAUGUACUAUAUAUACAUGGUAUGUUUAUGGAAGGGUUUGUGGUAGGUGGAAUAUGGAUUUUGUCAAAGCGGAGACCUUAAAUUGUUA